CUUCCACAGUCGGGGAAAGUCACUCUGCUGCCUCUGUCCACCCUCAAGGAGAUUGAGGUGGCCUUGAAGAAACAGAUGAAGUUAAAAGUAAAAAAAGAGCAUGGUGACUCCAUGGGUAAGGAGUCAUCGAGAAAUGACAUUUUUUUAUCACGGGUUCCAAUACUGACACAGCUGGAGCAGACCGCAACAUUUUUAGAUGAAGGACGGGACACAAAUCAGAAGGAUUCUCAAAACUCUAAAUGUCUAACCCCAACUGUUUCUUCUUCAGUCAAACAGAAAUUAAAGUUAGGGUCAUCUAGUACAUUUCCUUUGUAUCAGCCCUCUUCCAUGUUUGUGCCGUCACUUCCCAC